GAUGAGAAAAAUAGUAAAGAGAGAAAAAGGGCGAGACAUAAAACCCUAAAAACCCUAAUUUUCCCUUUUGGAACCCUAAUUUUUCAUCGGCAAUCGAGAGUUUUUCGAGCGUUCGUUCCUAAUCCUCCAUUCGAGGCGCUGUUUUCCCUUCGAUUCGAGGUGAAUCUUUGCUGUUUUCCGCCAUUAGAGAUCCAUUGAGGAAGCGGAGAUGGAGAGCGGAGCGGGGGCGUACAACCCGCGGACGGCGGAGGAAGUCUUCCGGGAUUUUAGGGGCCGACGAGCUGGCAUGAUUAAGGCCCUCACUACUGAUGUGGAGAAGUUCUACAAGCAAUGCGAUCCUGAAAAGGAGAAUUUAUGCUUGUAUGGACUGCCUGAUGAGACAUGGGAAGUUACUUUGCCUGCGGAAGAAGUGCCUCCUGAACUCCCUGAGCCAGCGUUGGGCAUUAAUUUUGCCAGAGAUGGGAUGGAAGAAAAGGAUUGGCUGGCACUGGUUGCAGUUCACAGUGAUGCGUGGUUGUUGGCUGUUGCAUUUUAUUUUGGAGCACGUUUUGGAUUUGAUAAGGAUGCCAGGAGGCGACUCUUUCAAAUGAUCAACAAUCUCCCCACCAUAUUUGAGGUUGUGACUGGAAGUGUGAAGAAGCAAUCAAAAGAGAAAACUCCCAGUAGCAAGAGCAACAAGCCAAUCUCAAAGACGCCUCAGCACCAGGACUCUCAAACCAAGCCCUCGAAGGCACCUCCACCAAAGGAUGAAGAAGACAGUGGAGAAGAGGAUGAUGAGGAAGAGGAUGACGAGGAGCAUGGUAACACUCUGUGUGGGGCCUGUGGUGACAACUAUGCAAAUGACGAAUUCUGGAUCUGCUGUGACAUGUGUGAGAAAUGGUUCCAUGGCAAGUGUGUAAAGAUCACCCCCGCCCGAGCUGAACAUAUUAAGCAGUACAAGUGCCCUGCCUGCAGUAACAACAAGAGAGCUAGAGCAUGAUUCAAGCAGUAGUCAUCUAGGUUGAUUAUAUUAGAAACUGCCUACAUAAACAUCUUUGUUGGACCAUUUUCAAUGCAGAUAUGGAACUUUAUCUGUAUGGAAAUCAGGAUCUAUGUUUCCAGACUUGUCCGUCUUCCAUGUUUCCUUUUAAUUUUCAUUCAUGUUUAUUGUUCUCUUCAGGGCUGAAACACUGCUUUUGUCAUGGAUAACUGUCUUCAUUGUCCAAAAGUGUGAUGCUUGUUAGCCUGCUAUUUUGUUGAUAUACCUUCAAAUCUUUGUCUCA